ACAAAGAAAAAAGAACAGCACCAACACGCAGGCUCUGUGAUCGAUGCAUGAUCGUCGUCAUCAAAGAUCGCCUUCACCACCUUCGUCUCAUAAAUUUUCCUGCCGGACAGGGGGCGAAGAUCUCUCGAUCCUCACUCUUUUCUUGAAUUAUUAAAUCCUGAGCGGCACCAAAUAUUCUCUCCGUUCUUCUCAUAUUAUCAUCAUAAAUGAGGAGGAGGAAUGCCCAUUAAACCUUGGACUUUGGAGAGUUCGCUUCCUCAAGCUGCCAUAGCCAUUUCUUUCUCCUUUUUAGAGGGAUUGAUGAUACCUGAAGGUGGGAAUCCGAAGUCAGGAUUCUUUGAGCGGAGGACGGCAGCGAGUAAUUAGUGACAGUGGUUUUCGUGCAUCGGUGGUCGGUGUCAAAGGGAGUGCGGGUGGUGGGUGGCGGUGGUGUCUGGUUUGGAGGGCAUGGGAGUGAGAGAGAAGUGGUUUUUAAGAAGUGAGCAGUUUCAAAUGAAGUAUUUCUGAAGUGAAGAACUGGUCUUUGAGAAGUGGGGUUUUCUGAGGAUGAAGUUUAUGAAGCUGGGAUCGAAGCCUGAUGCCUUUAGUGCAGAUGGUAAUUCCGUCAAGUUUGUGGCAUCGGAGCUAGCAACUGACAUAAUUGUAGUUGUUGAAGAAGUGAAAUUUCAUUUGCACAAGUUCCCUCUUCUGUCCAAAAGCAACCGCUUGCAAAAAAUUGUACAGGAAGCCAAUGAGAAGAACGCAGAUGAAGUGCAAUUGCCUGAUUUUCCUGGUGGAGCAAAAACUUUUGAAAUUUGUGCCAAGUUCUGCUAUGGUAUGACAGUCACCCUUAAUGCGUACAAUGUGGUUGCAACUCGAUGUGCUGCUGAGUACCUUGAGAUGAGUGAGGCAGUUGAAAGAGGGAAUUUAAUCUACAAGAUCGAGGUGUUCCUGAGCUCUAGUAUCUUCCGAAGUUGGAAAGAUUCCAUCAUUGUUUUACGGACUGCAAAGACACUUCUGCCAUGGUCUGAGGAUUUGAAGAUAGUUGGAAGAUGCAUAGAUUCCAUAGCUGCAAAAACAUCUGUUGACCCUUCAAAAGUAGAUUGGUCCUACUCCUAUAAUAGGAAAAAAGCUGUUCCUGAUAUAAUAUGUGCUGCUGAUAAUGGAAUCAUGCUCCAACAGAAGUUUAGUUCACCAGCUCCCAAGGAUUGGUGGAUUGAGGAUAUAUGUGAACUUGAAAUUGACCUCUACGAGCGAGUUAUGAUCUCCAUAAAGUCAAAAGGUAGGAUGUCUGGGACUGUUAUAGGGGAGGCAUUGAAGGUAUAUAUCCUCAGAUGGCUUCCUGACUUCAUGAAUCUCGAUGCCCUUGUUUCAUCAGAUGAUUAUGCUGAGUUUGCAGAAAGGAAUAGGUCAUUGGUAGAAACAAUAAUCUGGUUAUUGCCCACUGAUAUGGGUGCUUGCUGUUCAUGCACUUUCCUACUUAAGCUUUUGAAAGUGGCUGCCCUUCUUGGAACAAGUGAGGAAUCGAGGCAGGAUUUGGUGAGGAGAGUGGGUCUGCAGCUAGAUGAAGCCUCAGUUGAGGACCUUCUGAUCCCAUCUGCAAAUGCUGAAGGGACUGUAUAUGAUAUUGAUCUUGUGCAGAGCAUAGUGGACAAGUUUGUGGCAGCAGAUCGAAGCAGAAGAGAUCCUUACAACAUUCAAAGUAAUGAAGGCAGUACUGAACAUGAUUAUGUUACUCAUGACUCGUGGUUGAAUGUUGGUAGAUUGAUUGAUUGUUGUCUUGCUCAAGUAGCCCAUGAUCCUAAUCUCUCCCUUUAUAAGUUUAUCAGUCUCUCGGAGUCUGUACCAGAUUCGGCGCGACCAGUGCAUGAUGAGUUGUAUAGGGCAAUUGAUAUCUAUCUUAAGGAACAUGCUGGAUUAACGAAAGGGGAGAAGAAACGAAUCUGCAGUUUGAUGGAUGUUAAAAAGCUUUCCAUGGAUGCAUGUGUUCAUGCAGCUCAGAAUGAGCGGCUGCCUCUCAGGGUAGUGGUGCAGGUGCUCUUCUUUGAGCAGGUUAAAGCAGCGGCAACAAUGUCAACUCCAUCAGCUCAUAUAAGAGAGACAAGGCUCAUUGAAAAUGGCCUGAAGAAUAGAUCUUGCUCAGUGAAGAUUGUAGAUGAACGCUGGGAACAGGAUCUCAGUGGGUGCCAGGCGCUGACGAGGGGGAUGUCAUCCAUGAAGAUUCGUGAUGAUGAUAGUGUGAAGAACAUAGAAAUACAGAACAAGAAGAAGAAACCUCCGAAAAAAAUGAGUGGCAAAGGUGGGUUGCUGUUGCCAUCGCGAUCGAGAAGGAUAUUCGACAAACUGUGGGCGAAUAAAGGUGGUCACCUCGACGGAAAGAAGUCAGAGAAUGUAGGUGGCUUUCAGAGCCCAAUUUCCAUGCAUCCUGGCGAAGCAAAAUCCAUCGCAUCAUCAUCAAGGUAUAGAAGGUUUUCUGUUUCAUAGUAGGUUCCCCCCGCAGGGGAGCCCCAUGGGUUUGUAGUUGUAAAAAGAAAAAAAAGAAAGAAAAAGAUCAUGGCUGUGAGCGCUUGUGGCUUAGCGCUGUGUGAAAUGCUGUUUUGGAGUUCCACCUUAGGAAGAAACAUGUAUAUGCAAGUGGGCCAAGCAGGUAAGAGGAUGAUGCAGGUUUCUUUUCUUCUUUGUCUGUAUAUUGAAUGAUCUCUGUCAAUUUCUAUUGCAUUCCAUUA